AUGAUUUUCACAUUUCUGGUCACAUACAGCAAUGACAUGAAACCCAACAGACCACAACCGACCAGGGACGACAUCGGUCUCCCCCUCCUGCGCAAGUCGAUAUCCGAGCCACGGCUACUGACGGAUGUUCAUCACCGCUUCGAGAGGCAAAAUCACAGACAUAUAUCCUCGGCAACACCGAGAAUAUUGACCGCGAACGGGCCGUCAUCUCAGCGACAUUCGGCUGUUCGCAAACCAGCCGAGGAGUCGCAGCCACCCCAAAAUGACGUUCCUACGGUUGCUGCCGAUCGUAGCAUCGAUAUGAUCAACCCUCUGAACUUUCCCGUGGUCAUGACGAAGAAUUUUCUCCGGCGACGCGCAAACACGGCUGACAUUCACGCUUACAGCGAGACACUGAACGCCGACCGAAAAAACGGCGGGUUGCGCGUAACAAACGGGAAGUACGGUUCUCCUGCUGGCUCAGGAGCCGAGCACAGCGACCGAGCCCGAGGGAUUCUAAAGAGGAGAGAGCACGGGUCGAGUCGCAACGGGUGGCAGCCGUUUGAAGAUGAACAUCAAAUGAGAAACGGUGUUACGUUGCCCAGAGUGUCUUCUUGGCGGAAGGCUGAGGGUAGUAGUGUUUUGGCGGCAUUGCCAGGGAAUAAAUCUGAUUUGCAGAGAGGUCGGAGCUCGGCGGCUUCAUCAUGUUCGUGGCAGACGUACCCUCUUUCUUCAAGACCGUUCAGCACUCAUAGAGGAUCAAAAUAUUUAAGAGCCGAUCAGAGGGUGAUGCCAACGAAUGGAUUCAUCCCCCAAUCCAACGACGGACAUUCCGCCAACACAAAUACUCGUAUACGAACUAGAUUCGCCACACCGGGCCAACGGGAACAUGUAACACUUUCAAGCAGCAAUCACGAAAGAUCGGAUCCUAAUAACGCAAAACAGCUCCCGGCCGAUGAAACGUCCGUCGUCUGCGUCAGCAAACCAACGACGGAGUUCCUCCAGCGAAAACGGGCGACGACGGCCAACGGUCUUCAGAAGAACGCCAACGACUCCGUAGACGAAGUGUUGGAGAGUGUGGUUGAUGAGGACGAGAAUAGAAACUUUCGAGUUCGUGAUUGGCUGUCGUCGUUGGACAGCACGCUGUGUCAGAGAUACGCCAGGAGGCAAAUGGCCAGUCUGAGAGAAUACGAGUUGACCAAUCAGAAAACGUGAUGGAAAUUGGAACUAUGAUAAACUCGCGUUGACUGGAGCUAUGUGCAUGGCUAAAAUGAUGAGGUGUCCAAUCAGAAAAGCGGAUAGAAACUGAGACUAGAAUGAACACCAUUAAUUGAUUGGAGCAAUGUGCUGUAUUUGCAUCAUGUUUUAGUGUCGUGCUUGAUCAAGAUGGGCAGCUUGGUAAAUUCAUAUCAUCAACAUGAUCAAGUUGUGUUACGGGGAAAAGCUUGAAUACCCUCUGCAUAAGAGGCACCAUUCUGGUGACGCAGGAUUGCGUCAGCGACUGUUGCGGUCAUUGACGCGCCAUGCGAGAGAGAUGUUUUCCAAAAAUAUCGAAUACAAGAUGGAACGAGCAAAUAAUUGGGUUGAAUUACUGGUGUCUUAAUUGACUGCCUCUACAUACUUGAUUAUCAAAGGUAAUAACGCCUUCGAAACGACACCUAGACACUAACGCCAU